AUGCUCUGUUCGACGCGGUUUCUGUCGGUUUGUUUUUUGUUGGUCUACUGUUGGUCGCUCACGGGGGCCAGUGCAUCAAGGAAGCGCUUUACGGAUCCGUCAGGACCUGGCAGUCACCGUGGUCCACGCUUUCUCGGUUUACUUGGACUGUUGACGGGUUUGACGCUGGUUGAUUCCCUGGAUGAUGAUAGCGAUCGGCCACGGCGGUCCGGAUAUGUGAAAAUCGAUGUCGGACGACCUACGUUCGACCCAUUCUACGGUGCCUACGGAUACAGUGGUGCAGUGAGUCCCGGAUACUGGCCUGGCAGCUCUUCGAUUAACAUUAAAAUCCCAUUUCGACCCGGAGCAUCCGGUGGAGGAGAUUUCGAAACGAUGGCACUCUUUCCAUUCCCGGUUCCAUUUCCCAGUGGUGCGCACCCAGGAUCACCGUUUCCCUCCUUGUCCUCGUCCGUUUCCUCGCACGGUAUCUCCGCGAUUGAGCCUCGGCCAUCGAUUUUUUCCGAUCCCAUCGCACAAAACACCGCCAACGGUCCAACGGGCAACGUGCAAGCUGAUGAGGUUGACGGUAAUGGACGAAAGCAAUCGAAAAAGAGUGUGGCCAAGCGGGUACGAGCGAAAAUUAACCCACCAAGAGCUACCCGGAGUACGCUGCGUGCAGACGGCGCUGAUACUGAUGAACCGGAGGAGGAAAACGACGCAGCGGACACGAAACCGACCGAAGAGAUCGUUAUUGAAGAUCCACCGAGCCAAACGGAGGCGAUCAAUGGCAUGAUCAACGAUGACGCGACAAUCACCGUUCCAGACUCCACGCCAACCGUUACGCCGAGCGGUGGCAACAAUUUAGCCGAGCCGAUCGCUGGGACUACUCUGCCAAAUCCACCAGCCACGGUGGCGUCGAUCAUCCAAAACACCUAUUACGUUACACAGGCCACACCACCCUCCUAUCCCAGCCAUGAGCAUAGUUUGGCGGAUGUGGCAUCGAUCGAUCUGACGACGGGACAGCCGUCGGGUGAAGAGUUUCAACCGAGCCAGGCCGACCAUUGGCAGAACUAUUACAGCAACAGUGUGGCGCUGGGUGAUCGUAAUGAUCGGCAUCGGGAUGGUUUCACUCCAAUCCUUCCGUUCACCCGUUCGGUGCAAAAGGGCCAAUAA